CUUCAUGGAGACCGUGGAAUUGAAGGUGGAGAUGGUGGGGAUACACGAGAAGAGAUUGAGGAAGUGUUUGUCCAAAGUGAAGGGAAUAGAGAAGGUGGAAGUGGAUGUGAGCAGUCAGAAGGUGGUGGUGACAGGGUACACUCAUCGGAAUAAAAUACUUAAGGCAUUGCGUAGAGCUGGUUUGAAAGCCGAUUUUUGGUCUGCACAAAAUGAACUCCUCAAUGCUUAUGCCAGUGUCAGCAGCUAUGGAAGCUUGAGAAUUAACAAUUUUAAUCUCUUCUAGUGUAUUUCUCACUCUUCUACUAUACCUUUUCCUCCUUUCUCCAAAUUAAUGAUCAUACAUGAGGGGUUUUAUUUUAUUUU